ACUACGGUAGGCCGAGGCCACAAGAAGAAGAUUAGAGGGAGUGGAGUAAAUCUCGCGCUUCUAUUUUUAUUAUUUUUUCGUUUCCUUUCUCGUCGUUGCUCUUGACCUUGAGUAUGGACUUGGAGGACGACUUCUGCCUUGAGGAGGACAAGCUUAGUAGCUGUUAGACCCCACCAAACCUUCACACUCACACCAAGCUCUAACUUGAAAAGUAAAUGUUGGGGCAUUUCGAUCCUGAACUCUACCAGUACUCCCUCCUCCCACUUGCUGACCCUGACAAGAAAGAAGAAGCGAGGAGGAAGAAAGUGAUGGAUUACUAUGGAUUUGAAGACUAUUUUGAGGACCGCAUGGGCAUGACGGUCACCUCAGGCACCGUCACUCUGGAGAAGAAUGACAGUAACCUCAUUGGCAUCAGCAUUGGUGGCGGCGCUAAGCUCUGCCCGUGUCUCUAUGUGGUGCAGGUAUUUGACAACACUGCCGCAGCUCGGGAGGGGACGUUGCAGAGUGGUGAUGAGAUAACAGGGGUGAAUGGAGUGAACGUAAAGGGAAGGUCAAAGCAGGAGGUGGCACAGAUGAUUCAAAGGUCACAGGGCACAGUCACAAUCCACUACAAUAAGCUUCACGCAGAUCCCAAGCAAGGCAAGACCCUCGACAUUGCCAUGAAGAAAAUGAAGCACAGACUUGUUGAAAACCUCUCGUCCUCCACGGCUGACGCGCUGGGCCUCUCUCGCGCCAUCCUUUGCAACGAUUCCUUGGUCAAAAAACUUGGAGACCUCCAGCGCACUGAAGAAAUUUACCAGGGCCUUGUUGACCACACUAAGAGACUCCUGAAGGCAUUUCUAGACCUGGCAGUGGUGUACAGGCGGUUUGGAGACGUGUUUUGUGAGAUCGGAGUGAGGGAGCUGCAGCAGAGUGCCAAUGAAGCCUUUAGCCAGUUUGGGGAGGCUCACCGACAGAUGGAGAAGUGUGGCAUUGUUCUCCUCACCCGACUCAAACCUAUCCUGAGUGACCUGGGAACGUACCUACACAAGGCCAUACCAGACACCCGGCUAACGAUUCGCAGGUACGCUGAUGCCAAGUUUGAAUACCUGAGCUACUGUCUGAAGGUGAAGGAGAUGGACGAUGAGGAGAUGCAGUUUGCCCACCUGCAGGAACCCCUGUAUCGCAUCGAGACAGGGAACUACGAAUACAGACUGGUGCUGAGGUGUCGGCAGGAUGCGAGAGCAAAGUUUGCACGCCUCCGCUCAGAUGUCCUGGUGAAGCUAGAGCUGCUGGACUCCAAACAUGUGCAGCACUUGACCCAGCAGCUGCAGAGGUUGGCAGCAGCCCUGGCAGCCAACCACAACCAGUGCCAUGCUCUCUUGCACGGCCGACACUGGUUCCCCAUCGAGCUAGACAUGAGUGGCACAACCCUGCAUGAACAGCACCAACACAACCAGCUGCAGACUGGCUUUGAGGAUGAUGAUGAAGAGGAGGAAGAGGAAGAAGAAGUUGGAGAAGAUCUUUUAGAAGUCAGCCAAAAUAACAAAGUUAGUGAGUCCAAUGACCUGAUCCAGCCUCUCCGUGACCUGAAUCUGACCUCCAGUAGACCUGAGGGGGAGGUCAAAGAAGGAGCCUUUGAAGAAGUGAACCUCCUUGGUGAUUACUGAGUCUUGAUGAACAAAGAUUAUUCUCAUGUCUUAAUACAUUGAGUUCAUUUAUUAUUUUACUCGUGAGUAACCCUCAGUUCACGAAGAGGUUUGAGGCUGGACAGUGUGGGCCUUGGAACCGUGGCCCCUUCCUACCCGACACAGACAGGGCUGGGAUGUGGGAGGACAGGGAGUUGUGACCUAAAAAACAAGGGUGGAGAGAGAGAGAGAGAGAGAGAGAGAGAGAGAGAGAGAGAGAGAGAGAGAGAGAGAGAGAGAGAGAGAGAGAGAGAGAAACUAGUUUCUAUCAUAUCCAAAGGAAUACAUAGGCAAAGGUGUAAUCAACUAUUAUUAUUUAUAUACCACUACUACUAUUGCACCUCUAUUCCACUCUCUAUUUAGUUUUUGCCCAAAGAUUUAAGAAGAAUUGAUUGAAGUAGAGUAAGAUUUCUGAGUGGUUAAGGAAGGAGAGGUCAGGACAAGGGGAAGUUAUGGGUUGUGUCCUCCAUGGCAUAUGUAAUCAUAAUAGGGCUGAAUGUACACUACACACAGAAUGUAUCUGUACUAUACAUGUCUGGAAAGGAAGUGCAUUUAUCAGUGAUGUUAUUCUGUCAAUGAAAAAAUGAAGCCAUCAAAUAUCCUGUAAAACAGGAGGGUGUGGUUGCCACUAAUGACAUUGUAACUGUACUUUCCCAUCCACCGGUGUAUAUUUGGCAGCUUCAGUUAAUAUCCUCACAGAUGAAGCAACACCACUGAUGACGCACUCCUCUAGACUAGUGUGAAACAGAUAGUGUGAACUCAGCCCGUAAGUAUUGUGUUAUGUUGUGCGUCUUAUUGUAUUGUUGCUUUUUAAAUGUUUUACUUCAUUACCUGCACUAGUCAUUAUAUUCCUGUUUGGAAAUACAGUAAUCUCGUCCACUACAGUAUUAUGCUUCUUUGUUUGAGAUGCUUAUGUUUUGAGAAUAAAAUGACAUCAAGAACA